GGGGGGGUUUGGGGGCGCUGGCUCCCUCCUAGGGACUUUUCGAUGUCUCGGAGAUCCAACGAUCCUAGCAUUGACACCGAAGAGAAGAUUUGGUCUUCCAUGCCCGAUCAUCUUCUAACAUUCUACCUCUCUCAAGAUAACCAGGUAUUUUGCUGAGAAUCACCCAAAGACGGAUUUUGCUUUGUAGAAUCUUGCAAUCAAUGGAGACCAAGGCCCAACUCCUGCUUUUUCUAUCCUUCUCCAUGUUCUUCUGGUUCCCGGGGAGUUUCACAUUGCUAGAAACAGACGGAGGCUGGCUGACAAAGAGGCACGCUGCGUUGUCAGAAGACGGGAGCUGUACGGUGGAGAGAAGGGACUCCUCCCUCACUUAUGCACAGUUUAUUCAACAGUAUGCCUUCUCUCGGCCAGUCAUUCUUCAGGGAUUAACUGACAAUACCGAAUUCCAGGCUCAGUGCACCAAAGAUCAGCUGUUGGCCCAGUUUGGAGAACAUGUGGUUCGUCUCAGUACCGCCAACACCUACUCUUACCACAAAGUUGAUCUACCCUUCCAAGAUUAUGUGGAUCAUUUGCUGGAACCCCAGGAUCCGGCUUCCCUAGGAAGUGAAACCCUCUACUUCUUCGGAAACAAUAAUUUCACUGAAUGGGGGUCCCUCUUCAAGAAAUACAACCCACCACCUUUCAGGAUUCCAGGCACCACGGGAGCAUACAGUUUUGGGAUUGGGGGGUCUGGUUCCGGAGUGCCAUUUCAUUGGCACGGGCCUGGCUUUUCGGAGGUCAUAUUUGGGAGGAAGCACUGGUUCCUGUAUCCUCCGGAGAAAACGCCAGCGUUCCACCCCAACAGGACGACCCUGUCCUGGUUCCUGGAUACUUACCCUUCCUUGCCGCCCUGGGAGAAGCCGGUGGAGUGCACCAUCCAUCCAGGAGAGAUUCUGUAUUUUCCGGAUCGCUGGUGGCACGCAACCCUCAACCUGGACACCAGUGUUUUCAUCUCCACAUUCCUGGGUUAGCAGCUCCAAGUGACACCUUCUCUAUGUCGGAACUCUUGCCACCAUUCCUCGUGCAAAGAAAUUGGAUUUCUUGGCCCUUUCAAACCUCCAUGCUGGUCUACCGAUUGAAAAUUGUCCCUGUCUCCCUGUAAGAUGAACGGCACAAUCGUUCAUUUGGGCACAAUGCUUCGGGGCCAGAGACUAUAACUUCCAUCACCCGGAAAUAUCUCGGUUGGCUUGCCCAAUGGAGUUGACGAAAUUCAACAGCCUGAAGACCUCAUGAAGGUGGUGGCCAUCAGCAAUGGUUGACCAUAGUAAAACCAUCUCUAUGGCCAUUUAGACCAGCAGAGGUGAUGUGGUCCCAACUGACCAUACCUACACUCAUCUUUCUCAGGGAUCUCCUCCUAAACCUUUUCAGCCAGUAUCUCAGGACCAACUCCUCCCCCACCCCCCAAUUUCUCUCUCUCUCCUCUGUCUCUUUCUCUCUGUGUUAUUCUCUCUGUGUUACUCUUACUGUUGCUCUGUUUUUCUCUCUCUGUUGCUCUCUCUGUUUGUUUCUCUCCAUUCUGUUUCUGUUAUUCUCUCUGUUACUCUGUUUCUGUUUUUCUCUCUUUUGCUCUCUCUCUUUCUGUGUUUCUCUCCAUUUUCUGUUUCUCUCUGUUAUUCUUUGUUACUCUUUGUUUCUGUUUUUUUCUCUAUUGCUCUCUGUUUCUGUUUCUCUCCAUUCUGUUUCUCUCUGUUAUUCUCUGUUACUCUGUUUCUCUCUCUGUUGCUCUCUCUCUUUCUGUUUCUGUGUUUCUCUCCAUUCUGUUUCUGUGUUAUUCUCUCUGUUACUGUUUGUUUCUCUGUUUUUCUCUCUGUUGCUCUCUCUCUUUUUCGGUUUCUGUUUCUUUUCAUUACUCUCUCUGUUACUCUCUCUCCAUUUCUGUCGGUUUCUCUGUCUCCGUUUCUCUCUAUUUCUCUCCGUUUUUUCUCUCUGUGUUUCUGUUUCUCUCUGUUUCUUUCUUUCUCUCCCUCUCCUUCUCUGUGUUUCUCUCUCUCUCUCCCUCUCUCUCUCUGCCCGCAUGCAGAGGUAACCGCUACUGUUUCUCUUGUGUGUCAGCCAGCUCUUCCAACUCCCCAGGGGAUAUUUACAUCACCAGGUGACUAAAAAUAAUUUAAACUGCUCAAAAUUACAGCCUUGCAGGGCAGGUAGGAAAUCUCGUGACUUGUAUGCAAGGGUUGGUCAGCAACCUGAGGGCGAACAGACCUGAUUUCACCUGGAAGCAACCUGUUUGUUCUUCCUGCUCCCCCUGUUUUUCUGGCAGGGCAUGCCUACAUUCCUUUCCUUUUCUCUUGCAAAAUGGUUCUCCUGCCAACUGGAUGUACGUACAGAAACGCGACUGGCAGAUCCUGGUCUCGUUUCGGUCAGAUUUAUAUCUCCCUGGCUUAUGUGGAAUACCAGAGCAGAUCUUAGCAUAAACAUUUUAUUUUUUACAAAAA